AUGGCUUCCACCUCCUUCAGAGAAAGCAUGAACAAUCUAGGAUGGGCUCGCCGCGAGCAACCCGCCAACACAAGCAGAGAGAGUUCAAUAUUCGGCACACUGCAAAAGCUGAACCCAUUCGGCAGCGAUGGAUUCGUAAGGCUGCCCACACAUGAAGGCGAGGCACCUGGGGCACCACUUCCUGCGCGGUCACGGCGUGAGGAAGAAGAAGGGUGGUUUGCGCUCAGUCGAUGGGACCGCAUCCUCGUUUUCGGCGGCCUCAAUCUAGCUGCCAUCGCCUUAUUCGUCGUUUGCUUCACCUUACUGCCAAUACUCAGUCUCCGGCCGCGCAAGUUCGCGAUACUAUGGUCAAUGGCUUCGGCACUCUUUCUAAGCUCAUGGGCCGUCCUGAUGGGCCCGAUAGUGUACGCCCGCCAUUUGAUCUCGCCAGAGAGACUACCGUUCACCGCCACCUACUUUGGCAGCAUAGCGCUUACGCUGUACUUUGCGCUCGGAUUGCGGAGCACCAUACUCACCCUGCUCACCGCGAUCGUGCAGCUUGUGGCGCUUGUAUGGUAUCUAGUCUCCUACUUCCCUAUGGGCUCGCAAGGCUUGCGCUUUGCUGCCAGAUUUGGCGGCGAUCGCAUGAUGGCUUGGAUGAGCGGGUAA